AUGGAAGCUAAGGAAGAGUCAAAGAAGCCUAAGGUUGAACCUGUUCCCUCCCAAUCAAAGGCUAAAGUGACUAAAUCUUCCUCUUCUUUGAUGAAGCCCUCUUCAGGUCAAAGCUCAUACAGAAAAGGUGUGUUGAAGCAGAAGGACAAGUCAAAGAGAACUUAUGUAGCUACAUCCCUUGUUGCUUUUGAGACUGAGUCAGAUGAAGAAGAAAAACAGGCCAAGAAGAAAGGAGAGUUUGUUAGAGUAGUAAGGAAACCACAGUCCGGUGGAGCCUUGCAGAGCAAGAAAGCUAAAUUUGAACCUACCCCUACUAGAAGAUGUAAGAGAGGAAGGAAGCUUAUAACCAAGCUUGAUAAAGAUCUUGAAUCCGGUCAUGUGCAAGCAUACUAUGAAAAUCUUCUUGAGGUUGAUCAAAGGAAGGUUGAGGGAGCUAUUGUUUUGCAUCUACGCAACUUCAGCAAAUCCUUGAUUGAACUGGAACAUAGCAUCCCAAAGGAUCUGUACAAUAUUCUUGAUGCUAGGAGGUUGAUCCCCAACAAGAUAGAUAAAGAGAUGAAAGAGCGUGAACUGAUAAAUGUUUGCACCUGUAUCUUUCAAGAAGAAGCUCAUAAACUCAUUAAGGAAGAAAAUAAGAAGGAAUUCAGAAGCAGGAAUAGGGUAAAUAGAUUAAUGAUUGGCAGUGUUGAAGAAGUAAGAAAAGAAACUAAAGAAAUCUGGAGAAGGAUCAUAAAGAACAACCCUUUAUAUAGUGAUGCAGUUCAAACUUCUCAUUCGAAAGUUCGGGCAGGUGUCCCAAAUGCUCAGAAAGAUAAAACUCGGACUGAGAUACGUCUGAUAGAUCAAUCUAAUGUAACUCUUGAUGUCAAGAUCAGUGAGAAUCCUCUAGUGGAAGGAAGUAUUGAAGAAGUUCCUGAGGUUCCAAAGGACGAUACUGCACCAAGUGGUGACAUCGGUGCUCAAGAAAAAGGGGAUGAUGUAAAGAAAGAGGAACCAAAGAAGAUCGAUGUGGAGGAUAGAGGAGUUGAGGUGGAUAAAGGAAAGAGAAAUGCAGACACUUCGACAAUUGACACUCAAAAAGACAAGGAGAAAAAGUUCCUACCUCAAAAAUCUAUUAAUCUUGAUGGCCCUUUGGAUAUUGGUCAGAUGUAUCCAGCUGAAAAGAUGAUGGUUGUGUUGCGCGCGCAGUUGUUCACCCGCCACGGAGCCGGUGCGCCGCCCAGCAGCCACUGCCCAGCCACCGCCGCCGGCGGUAACCACCGGCCACGGCCAGGCAGCCACCGCCGUGUCGCCGGCACAGCCUGCCGCCUGCGCACCGCCCGCGCCCAGCCUGCACCCCGCCCGCGCACUGCCGCCGCACCUGCGCCGCCACAGCGCCGCCAGCCACCUGCGCUAGCCCCUGGUCACCCAGCGGACCAGGGGCUUAUUUUUUUUUAG